AUGACUUACUGGGGCCGCAUUGAGAAAUCUCCGCCAGUCUUCCAAGGAGGAGGAGGAGGAAAUGGUGUGAUCGACGAGACGCGAACGGGUGGUCAAUGGCAGCGGAGCCCAGACCGUAGCAGCGUGGAGUUGUGGGUGGAGAGCGAUUUGUCGCGGACGCGGUCGACUGCCGAGCUUUCCAAAACAAUUCGGCUGCAGGAAUCCAGAUGCAAUGAGCCAGGGGCCUUUUUCGAAGCUGUAUAUUUCCGUCCGCACCGUGUAUCGCGGGCGUUGUACCCCUCAAUGGGCUGCACGGUCGGUUUCCAGCUUCUUCUGGGGGCCGAUAAGAAGAGCAAGGAGAAAUAA